CUGCUAAUGAAAGAAGCCGAAGGAAAAGAAGACCUCCCUGAUCGAGCACUACAAAGCAGUGGCAUGGAGGCGAAUGCUCAACGAAAAAAUGCUGGCACGCAGAUGUUGCAUCACAUGAUUCAAUCUGCUCCUGGUUCUGAUGGCUCCUGUAGUUCUCCCACAGGCUCAGCUGUAUCUGCCUUACAGUCAAAAUUCAAGGAAAUAUCUCAGAGGCAGUCUAAAGGGAAAGAGACAUAUGAUGUUCCGCUUGAAGUUCCGUCAGAAGCUUUGCAGAAGAAAUCAGUUAAGGAACAAUCAUCUUUGAGCAUCCCAGAAGUCAAGAUAUUCAAGUCGAACAGAAGAGCAGAUGAGGUUUCUGAUGUUCAAAAGCUCACAACUUCAAGCUACCUAGAGGAAAAUAAAUGGGAAAAGGAAGGAGACUGUAUUCCCAGUCUUGACUGUGGCCUUAGAGAAGGAUCCAGAAUGGAGAAUUUCACAGCAAGUGGAGAUGGUGGCACACUUCUGUCAAAGCCAAUUUCUUCUCCAAGGUGCUGGACACAGCCAAAAGUUUUUUCGAGAGUGGCCGGAACAGAAACCCUGGUUUCAAACAGAGAGGUCAAUUUUUUACCAAUAACCAUGAAGAACAUGGUAAAUACCAGGGAGGAGGAGCAGAAGCUUAGAAUAGGAGGUAUUGUGGGUUACAAAGACUCGCAUGGAUCGGACAGUUUGUCUAGCACUUUCCAAAGAUGUUUCCAAAAGGAACAAAGUCCACCAGAUCAACCCGGGAAAGAAGAUAUUUCAGAGAUAGAGAAAGCCCAAACUACCAAGACCACUUCAGCCAUGCUUGCACAAGGACAGUAUCAGCCUCCAUUGAUAAACAAAGGUUUACCUCCAUCUUAUAAAGACGCUAACUGGGACACAGCAAUCGUCUUCGGAUCAGAGUUUAACUUUAGAUCUGACUUGACUCUAAGCCCACGUCAUGAGCAGGCGAAGCGUUUGCUGGAGAGAGCCAGAUUAAAGGCUCGCUCUCAAAACCAAAAUAGUGACCAUGGAACUCAAGUCACUGAGAGAGAAGUCCUGGAGGUGUUACCAAUGUGUAAUCCACCAACACUGCAGAUCAUCACAACUACUACUGAGCAGAAAGUACCUCUGCCUGUCCAGCUGCAGGAUGUGCGAGGCAGGAACAGUGAGCAGGGUGCUCACUUGCAGAGACAAGGUCAAUUACUCAGUCAUGUCCACUUUGAGGAUGAGUCAAAGAAAGGGGAAGAGCAUCGCUACCUAGAUAAAGUUUAUAAGCGUGGGCUGGUGUUGAUGGACAGUUCACUAUCUAACCAGCAACCAAAGGCACAACUGCCCCUCAUAGUCACACAAGGGAGCAAAGGUUUAGGAUCAAGUCAUGGUAGUGUAGGAAUCACAUUAGCCAGUCUGACUAAUCAAGGAGAUCCCUCUCCGGAGACUGUAUUGUGCAAGGAUGAGCCCAGGAAAUGUGAGGCGUGUGGGAGCAUCCUGACACCCAGUUAUCCUAAAGAAUCUAGGCAAAAUGCAGAAGGAGAGAGAAACACAGGUAAUCAGGAGGUCACUUCUGGUCAAUCAAGUCAUCAAAUCAUUCAACCAAAUCUUUUAGAAGGUACUACUUUGAUGGGAAGCUCCAGCCUCGAUGAAAAGGUUGAGGCUGCAGGAGCAAGUGAUGCCGGAGAGAGAGUAUCAGCUUUCGGCAAGCUCCGCAGGAGGAGUCGCAAAGGGGAAAACAGAGUUGAGGUGAGUCAUGGCCCUUAUGCUCGUGGUCAAGAUCUCUUAGCACAAAGACGGAAUUCUAGGACCAGAUCCAGUCUGGAGGAGGUGGCUGGGCCUCGUUCCAAACCUGCACGUGGUGUUACUUUUGCUAUUGAUUCCUUUACACCAACAACUACAAGCUCCAGAAACUAUAGGGAUUCUGCUGGUAUACAGCUGCCAAUCAAAUCAGCUUUGAAGUCUGGGUCCAAGAGCAGGCCAAUAGAGCAACACGGGGUGAUGAUCCUGCCUUCAGCUCAAGAGGUGGAGAGAAGUCCUCAUCGUUCUGUUGCUACCCCUCAGGACCUUGGUACACCUUCUCAGGUUUCACAAUUCUCCUCAGGACUCACUCCUUGUAUCAAACCAUCCUCUCUCAGGUACUCCUCACCUGCAGUAACUCCAGUAGAGCCAGUGGAUGCCCAUUUGCAGAGCGAGGAUCCCACCUGUGCUGCAUCUCGUCCACCAGAAUGUCGGCUGAUUGUCCGAGGUGCGGCCAUAUCAAAGACUGAGGACUUGAGAGCAGAACUUCUGAGAUCAGAACACCGCAAAGCUGAAUUACAGUGGGAUGAAUAUUUAACUCCAUCACGGAAAACACUGGAGCGGGAAGGUCGCCCCAAGCUCUCCCUGCGCCGUUUUUUGUCAGCCAUGGGCCUGAACAGCAUGGGAAAGAUGGUGAAGGGCAGUCGGUCCAGCAGCAUGGAGCAUCUCUCGCUUUCCACAGCCAGAGCUUCUCCAAGCCCCACUCACAAAGGCCGAACUCUCUUGCAGAGAACGCCCUCUCUUCAGGCCCUUCAUACUGAGUCUCCUCUUGCUCAGUUGCGUAAAGCUUCUUCUGUACAGAGCCUGCAGUCUCCAAAGAAGAAAUAUGAGCGCUCGACUAUUCUUGGAGAGCUUCAUUUACCUCUUACUCCGGGACCAAGGGAUCUUCAUGUUAAAAAGGGAAUGGAAAACUUAGAUACAUGUCAAGUUUCAGGUCCAGUGGGCCAAAUUAUCCAGACUUUCCCUGAUGGUUCUUUGUUGCUAGAGCUCACUAGACCAGUCAACGCGCCUUUCGGCUUUGUCAUCUCUAGAGGAAAAGGUCGACCGGACUCAGGAAUAUAUGUGGAGCAAGUGGGAGGCAGUGCCACAGAGAACAUCUACACCAGCCUUUUGGGAGUAGGAGAUGAAAUCCUGGAGGUAAACGGAGAGAAGGUGACUGGACUGAGCCUCGAUCAGGUGACCUGUCUGAUGACCCGCGAGAGUACGGCUACUGUCCGGAUCCUUCCACAUCGCUGGAUCCAGCAGUGAACUGCACCACCACGCCAAAGCCAGUACCAAGAAAUUGAUCCAGCUACAAUUAUUGAAUUUUGAAUAUUAGAAAAAAUGAAAGGAUGGAAUGUGCACCAAGUCCUACUAAGUUUUUGCUGUUACUAUAGAAACAAUAACUACUGUCCUAGCCAUGCUGUUCUUGAAAAUGAAUCAACACCUUCUGACCAAUCAGAUCUGAGAAUUCAACAGUGCUGUAGUAUGAAGAUAACAUAGCUAACGUUUCAUUUAUUUCACCUUAAUUCACAGGUGUAGGCUUGAAAUGCAUUGUCGGUAAUACACAUAUAUACCUCGGCCACCAAGCUUAAACUCGUAUGCACACUCAAUAUUAAUUACAAUUACUGUUAAUAAGGUAUUUGAUUUAGAUUUACAAUUAGGGUUCUAUGUGUUCUAGUAGGCUGUUUUUUUGUGUUGUUGUUUUUGGAAUAGCUGACAUUCUAGUAGAAUGCUAACAAGAUGUAAACGAUUAGUUUGUUUAUGUCUGUUUUACCUCAGCAGUGCCACUCGUCCCAUAUCAACAAACUGAAUGUGAAAAUAUGUAUCAUCUUUGACUGCGAAUAAAGAAAAAUAAAAUGAGUAAAGUUAUAUACGGUAAUGCUGUACGUGGGAGAGAAUAUGAUGAGGCAUUCUAUUAUAAAAUAUUCAACCACAGGGUGAUGUUCUUUGUUAAAAAUACAAAAAAACAAAAAACAGUACAUUAAAAAAUAAGAUUUGUUACUUUAGACAUGGAUAAUGUGUUACUGAAUUACAGUUGGAGCUACUGGGAGAGCUGCUGCUAUAGAAAACGAAUCAACACCAUCUGACCAAUCAGAAUCAAGAAUUCAACAGUGCUGCAAUCGAUUAAACUUUUACGUAACAAGAUAAAACAUUUUGUUGAUGUACAUUUACAAAUUGUAAGUGGGAAAUAUCCAGUGAUUUUUAUUGUCCAGCUUAUCAAUACGUUUAAUUUAAAAUAAAUGGUAUAAAACCUAGACACUUUUUGGUACCAUUGAAGGUUCAUUAUUUAUCUUUCUUAUUUAGAUGAAUAAAUGAAUGUAUUUGUUAAUUUAAAACUAAUUUCUUUAACGUUAAAAUAAGCGUACUCUAUUUACCUAAACAAUAAGCAGACAGACUAAUAGUAUAUCCAGUUAUCUAAAAUGUAUUUAAUAAUUUAUUUUGUGACCUGUGAUG